AUGCAACUUACCAAAACAAUCCUCGAUGAGCCGCGCAUACGGAUUGAUACGUUUAUUAUGCAACUUAGCAUCCUGUUCGCCCACCUUCAGUAUAUUCUCCAGCCCAUUCAGCGCCACCUGCACAAUCUUGGCGUCCAUAACCGUGAGAAGAUCAGAAAGGGGGCCGAUGCAACCCUGGGACACCAGGUAACGAAUCUGGUCGGGGGUGCCGCCACUGGUGGCGUUCGUGAUGGCCCACGCGGCCUCUUUCCGCGUUUUGAACUCGGCUUCGCUCAGGAUCUCGAUCAGGACUGGGAAGAUGUUAGCGUCUAUCACAGCCUAAGGAAGAAAUAUCCGCGAAUUAUAUUGACGAUAUGCACAGAUAAUAUGGAAAAAAGUCACAGAACACUGAAAUUUGAUGUUCUAAAUACAUGUUCUGCACUUGUGAGAUUGGAAUCUCACUUGACCAAUCCUCCUGACAUCUUAGAAAAAUCUCUCAUCACUUGUGCAGAUUCACUAGCUAAACUUAACAUACCUCUGAUGGUUCAUCUUCAGGCAGAAGUUGAUUCACCUGUACGUUCCUUCGUUUAUUCAACUGUUGAUCUCGCUUCAACUUCCUCAGCUGUACUCCUUCCUCCUCCCUGCGUCUCCUCAAUUCCACACUGUCCACUGCAGUGUUCUUAUAACGGUUCUUAA